AUAAGUUCUCUUACCAUUUGUGGGACUGACACGGCCAUCACUGUGCAGCCUGCAUUAGGUUGUGGCUGCUUGUAUGUGCUGAAGUAAAAACAGUUGGAAAAUGCACAGUAAAAAGCUUAUGGGGAGACCAAAGAGAAAUGGUGUGUGUCAUGGGAAUAUUGCUCUCAUGUUUUUACUCUUGUAUUUUGCUGUGUUGUACAGGCUGGUUUGCAAAACCUAUAGAAAAGAAGACAUCUCUGAGUACUCAUGAGGACAUGAAGACAGCAUUUAUGGCUGAAAUGAAAGCUGAAAACAUCAAGCAAUUUCUUCACAAUUUUACACAGCUUCCUCACCUAGCAGGAACAAAGGAGAAUAUGCAUCUGGCACAGCAAGUCCAAGCUGAGUGGAAGACGUUUGGUUUGGAUUCUGUUCAGUUAGUUCAUUAUGAUGUCUUACUCUCUUACCCUGAUGACACUAAGCCCAACUACAUCUCAAUAAUUGAUGAGCAUGGAAAUGAGAUUUUCAACACAUCAUUAUCUGAACCUCCUCCUCCAGGAUAUGAAGCUGUUAGAGAUGUGGUGCCACCCUACAGUGCGUUUUCAGCCCAAGGAAUGCCUGAGGGUGAGUUAGUGUACGUGAAUUAUGGCCGCACCGAGGACUUCUUUAAGUUAGAACAUGUAAUGGGAAUUAACUGUACAGGAAAGAUUGUUAUUGCCAGAUAUGGGAAGAUCUUCAGAGGAAAUAAGGUGAAGAAUGCUGAAUUGGCAGGUGCCAUGGGAAUUAUUCUGUACUCUGACCCGGCUGACUACUGUGCCCCAGGAGUAGACCCCUAUCCAAAUGGCUGGAAUCUUCCAGGUGGAGGAGCCCAGCGUGGCAAUGUAUUAAACCUGAAUGGGGCAGGGGAUCCUCUGACACCAGGUUAUCCUGCAAAAGAAUACACCUACCGAUUAGACAAAAUCAGUGGUGUAGGUCUCCCAAAAAUUCCAGUUCAUCCUAUUGGCUAUUACGAUGCAGAGUCAUUACUGCGUAAUAUGGGAGGACAUGCACCACCUGAUAGUAGCUGGAAAGGAAAUUUGAAUGUAUCUUACAAUGUUGGUCCUGGUUUCACAACAAGUUAUUCUACAAGAAAGGUGAAAAUGCACAUUCAUAACAACAACGAAGUAAGAAGGAUUUACAAUGUGAUUGGUACUAUCAGAGGCACAGUGGAACCAGACAGAUAUGUCAUCCUGGGAGGCCACCGAGACUCAUGGGUAUUUGGUGGCAUUGAUCCUCAGAGUGGAGCAGCUGUGGUUCAUGAGAUUGUGAGGAGCUUUGGAAAACUGAAAAAGGAAGGGUGGAGACCAAGGAGAACAGUGAUAUUUGCAAGCUGGGAUGCAGAGGAAUUUGGCUUGUUAGGAUCAACAGAGUGGGCUGAGGAAAAUGCCAAAGUAUUGCAAGCACGAGGAGUGGCUUAUAUCAAUGCAGAUUCUUCAGUUGAAGGAAACUACACACUGCGAGUGGAUUGCACACCACUGAUGUACAGUCUGGUGUACAGUCUGACUAAAGAGAUACCAAGUCCUGAUGAGGGUUUUGAAGGAAAAUCUCUUUAUGAGAGCUGGUAUAAAAAAAAUCCAUCAAGAGAAUAUAAAGAGGUCCCCAGAAUAAAUAAACUGGGUUCUGGCAAUGACUUUGAAGUCUUUUUUCAACGUCUUGGCAUCGCUUCAGGCAGAGCACGUUACAGUAAAAAUUGGAACAUAGAAAAAUAUAGCAGCUAUCCAGUUUACCACAGUGUCUAUGAAACCUAUGAAAUUGUGGAGCAGUUCUAUGAUCCCACUUUCAAAAAUCAUCUGACAGUAGCUCAGGUACGGGGAGGGCUGGUGUUUGAAUUGGCCAACUCUGUUGUACUUCCUUUUGACUGCAGAGAUUAUGCGUCAGCUGUGAGCAACUAUGCUCACAUCAUCUACAAUUUGUCAAGGAAUCAUGAAGAUGAACUGGCAACAUACAACGUAUCCUUUGAUGCUCUCUUUUCAGCUGUGAAGAAUUUUACAGAAGUUGCUGCUAGCUUUCAUUAUAGACUGCAACAAAUAGAUAUCAAUAAACAUGUUAUCUUUGCUCCAAGCAGCCAUAACAAGUAUGCAGGAGAAUCUUUCCCAGGAAUCUAUGAUGCCAUGUUUGAUAUCGAAAACAAAGCUGAUCAACAUGAAGCCUGGGAAGAAGUGAAGAGGCAAAUUUCCAUUGCAGCCUUCACUGUACAGGCAGCAGCAGAAACACUGAAAGAAGUAGCUUAAAUAUCAACAACAUAAUCAUCAGUGAAGACAAAAUACAGAAUUUUGCAAGAAGUUUUAGAAAUGGAUCAUUGAAAAACACUAGGAGGAUUAUUACAAAGAACACAAAAUAAAAAAAAUCUUGUUCUUUGCAAAUAAUAUACCCAAGUGGAAUGCAUUUAGCAAUGUUAACAAGGUAACGUACUCCAUCCCGAGAGCUCAGGAUUUAGACAUCUUCUGGAGUGAGAGUGAAAAAGUUUCAGGUUUUCUCUGAGCUUUGUAUUUUAAGAAUUGCUAACCGCUGGAUUUAUUUUCAGAGCUUUGAAUUUUGCUAGCUUGAUUAUUAUAGCAGUCUUCAUAGUGCAUCAGGAAAACAGAAUUAAUUUCAUGUUUCUAUCAGUUUAUAAUUUUGUUGUUGACUUUUUAUUAUUUACCUUGGGAUUGUAUCAUUCUACUCCAAGACAGACAUUUCAGCCCUCCUUUUACACAAAGACUCAUGUAUGAAAAUGGGAAAACUGUGACAUACCAUUUGCGGGAUGUAUAACGAUCAUAACAAGUUUUGGGCAGCCAGCCCAGAAUACUCACCCAUGACAUUCUUCUUCUCACAUGCUGAACCUUGAAGCUGUUUGCAAAUAAAUUUAAGCAAGAAGCUUUCUAGUCACUGGAGUAAAAACAAGGCAGACAUAUAGUCAUCUUACAAAAUGUCUUUUGAGACGACGACCUUCUUUUAUCCAAAAUCUACCUUUGCUGUGCCUUGUCCAUGUAAAGUUGUUUUUAAUAUGAAGACAAUUAGAAGCAAAAAAAAAUUCAUCAUGUCCUUAGUUUGAAAGGAUACAAAAUUAUUACCAUUUUGUAAAGUCUCUAUUUCUGAUUUUGGUGUGCUAUUUCUGAUUUUGCUGCUCUUAUGAUGGACUACUUGAAAGAUCACAGUGAAGCAACUGAGAUCAGACAGAGAAGACUCAGAAAAUCAAAUCCCUUCAUCCGACAUUCUGCCCUGGAGGAUUAUUAACCUCUUGCACAGCUAAUAUUUUGUGUGAU